AUGUCGGUUCAAUGCGAUCCGCAUUCAUCAUUUUUUGGGUUUAUGGGCGUGGUGUGUGCCAUGGUUUUCUCAAAUUUGGGUGCUGCCUAUGGUACGGCUCGCAGUGGAGUUGGUAUUAGUAGUAUGGGAAUAAUGCGUCCAGACCUUGUAACCAGGUCUAUUAUCCCUGUUAUUAUGGCUGGCAUUUUAGGCAUUUACGGUCUUAUUAUUAGUAUAGUUAUUUUAUCUUCAUUUGGAGCCCCUCAAAGCUAUUCGGCAUUUUCUGGAUAUGCUCAUCUUUCUGCAGGACUCAUUGUAGGAUUGUCUGGUCUUGCUGCUGGACUUGCUAUCGGAAUUGUAGGCGAUGCUGGGGUUAGAGCAAAUGCUCAACAAUCACGUCUAUUUGUUGGAAUGAUCUUAACACUAGUUUUCGCCGAAGCGCUUGCACUCUAUGGUUUAAUCAUCGGCUUGGUCGUUUCGAUGAAAGCAGUACCUGGUCUUUGUACUCCAUAUCAACAAUAA